CGUCAUCGCCGCAUGUGGCAAACCCGGCACGCCAAGCUGUUUCUCGUGGUUCACACUACAGUUCACGCUUGAAGUUUGAUCUUUCGGACGUUUGGUCAACGCUCAAGGUAGCAGUCGCACGGAGUGACGCCCCUCUCCGCACAGUAAUCAUGCCGCUGGCAGCGUUGUCAUCCGUGGAAGAGCUACAGCAGCAGUUAACGAUAUGUAGAAACGAAAUAGCCAAUUUGCGGACCAAACUGCGGGCGAUGAGCGCGCAGUUUAACCGACAGUGCAAAGAAAUUUUGCAGGCGUUAGAAGUUCGAAGUGGAAACGUCGAAACGAUACCUAACCAUCCUCGAGACUGCGAAUCGCCAAAGAGCAACAGUUUCACGUUCCAGCCUAUAGGAUACGUUCAGACGGCAUUCCCCUUCAAGAAUGGAACACCUCGUCAAGGCUGCAUUUGUCCCGAAAGCCAGGCAGUUCUGACAUUAGACAAACGAGUUUUCACAUGCCCUGAACAUAGCCUGGAGGGGCUCGACAAGUUUUCCCAUGUAUGGCUGCUGUCAGUGUUUGACCGCAAUACCAGGAAGGAAGGCUCGGGGGAGUUUGCAUACAAAAGCAAAGUUCAGCCACCCCGCCUAGGUGGCCAGACCUGGGGUGUCCUUGCCAGCCGUUCCCCACAUCGACCCUGUCCCGUGGGGCUGACGUUAGCACGGUUGCAUUCAGUCCAAGGUUCUGCACUGCACCUUUCUGGAGUGGACCUCGUGGACGGGACACCGAUCCUCGACAUUAAGCCCUACUUGCCUCAGUACGAUAGCCCCCAGCAGGAGACCUCGGACGAGACGCCAGACAUUCGAUGGGCCCACUGGAUCGAGGAGGCCACCAAACUGGCAGUUGACUUUACCCCGAAGGCCAGAGAGCAGCUUUCCCAUUUUCACGGGUGCAACAGCCACCCCGCUUCAGAAUCGCACUGCUGUUGGUGUUUGCAGCAUUUUGAGGAUUCGCACGCUGCAGCCAGAGCGCUGGAAUGCCUUCUGAAGGCUGAUCCACGUUCCAUCCAUCGCAAGGACAACUGUGCGGACAGGCUGUACUACUGUGUAUUGGACAGCAUCCAUGUUACUGCAUGGUUUGAUGAAGGACGAGCAGAGGUGCUGAAAGUAAGACCUCGUGCAGAAGAGGAAGGAGGGGAGCUUGCUGGCACCUGUUAGCUACCCAAGACAAGUUAUUAAAAAGCUGCUAAAUUUAAA